CUCCAGGUACUGCUAUUCUGCUAGGUUCUGGUUUUAAAACGAAGCAAGUAAAAAUAUCUUACGAGGAAGAGAAGAAAACAAAACAGUAUUUAAAAUGUUGUUUAAAUUACAGGACUCCCCCAAAUUCAGUCCCUUUUCCCUUUUAAUUUGAUGGCCGUAAGGCCUCUGCAAUUCUUUUUUCUCUCUCCUCAAAACCACCACCAAAACAUCUCCAUUUUCAUCUUCCCUUUUCGUUCUCUCUCUAGUUUUCAUUCUCCUUCCAUCUACCAAACCCGUUUUCUUUUGCGUCAAUUCGGGUCCAAGACUCCCGAUCUUACACCUCCGACUCGAUCGUCCGAAUUUCGCCGAAUUCUUAGGUCAUCGAUUAUAUCUGAUACGCUGGCGCAGAGAAUCGGAAAAUCGCUUCGCCGCCCUGGCGCUGCCUCUAAAGCUAGGGUUUAUUCUGAUGUUAAUGUUAUUCGCCCUAAAGAGUAUUGGGAUUAUGAGUCUCUUACUGUUCAAUGGGGUGAGCAAGAUGAUUAUGAAGUGGUGAGAAAAGUUGGAAGAGGCAAAUACAGUGAAGUUUUUGAGGGUGUUCAUUGUACUAAUAAUGAGAAAUGCAUUAUAAAGAUUCUCAAGCCUGUCAAGAAGAAGAAGAUUAAGAGGGAGAUCAAGAUACUGCAAAACCUUUGCGGUGGACCAAAUAUUGUGAAAUUGCUGGACAUUGUACGGGAUCAGCAGUCAAAGACUCCAAGCCUUGUAUUUGAAUACGUGAAUAACUCCGAUUUUAAAGUGCUUUAUCCUACACUGUCAGACUAUGAUAUUCGCUACUAUAUUUAUGAACUUUUAAAGGCUUUAGAUUAUUGUCACUCACAAGGCAUUAUGCAUCGUGAUGUAAAGCCCCACAAUGUCAUGAUUGAUCAUGAGCAACGAAAGCUACGACUUAUUGAUUGGGGUCUUGCCGAAUUCUAUCAUCCUGGGAAGGAAUAUAAUGUUCGUGUGGCAUCUAGAUAUUUUAAAGGCCCAGAACUUCUUGUUGAUUUGCAAGACUAUGAUUACUCUUUGGAUUUAUGGAGCUUGGGGUGUAUGUUCGCUGGAAUGAUAUUUCGUAAGGAACCUUUCUUUUAUGGACAUGAUAAUUAUGACCAAUUGGUCAAGAUAGCCAAGGUGCUUGGUACAGAUGAGCUGAAUGCAUACCUGAAUAAGUAUCGCAUAGAAUUAGAUCCACAUCUUGCUAACCUUGUGGGAAGGCAUAGCCGGAAACCAUGGACAAAAUUUAUUAACGCGGAUAAUCAACAUUUGGCAGUUUCAGAGGCACUCGACUUUGUUGACAAGUUACUGAAAUAUGAUCACCAGGAAAGACUUACUGCUAAGGAAGCAAUGGCGCAUCCCUACUUCUACCCAGUAAGAAAUGCAGAAAGCAGCCGAACUCGUACACAAUAGAUGAUAUGUAGAUUCAUCAUAUGGAUUUGCUGAAUUGUAGCAUGUAUACAAAAUCUUCAUGUCAAAGCUGAUUUCAUUUAUACUGAUGUUCCAAAAUCUGGUGCCUUUGCAAGAAUUCAGUGUAGGCUUCUUGAUUUAGACUGUAAAUGAGUUUCUGCAAGUUACCAUUUUUCCGUCUAAUGGUUUGUGUAGUCAUUUUUUUCAAGGCUUGGAUAUAUUUGUUCUACUUCUUUGUGUUCAUAAUUUCUAUUCCGAUGAUAUUGGAGCGGGAGCAGUCGGCUGAGAACUUGAGACUAGUUAGGUUAUAAUUUGGUGCCUGUAAAUGACAAGUUGGUGAAUUGGUGAGAGGGUGAAGCAACAUUUUCAGAAUAGCUUAUAAUAGCAAUUAACAGCGGGCAUUGGGCUGCUGCGUGGCAUGUCUGAGUGAUUUGGGCAGGCAUGGGGCAUGAUACAUUGUGUUGUGCUUUGUCCGGAUAAUGCAGACCUGUCAAGCCUUAUUAUGUUUAGUCGUUUUAGUAGAAAAAAGCAAGCUGUGCAUAUAAGCUAUGUGCUCGGUUGUGUUGUGUUAUUUGUCAAAACUCUGAACGUAAUUUGCACAAGGCAAAAUGGAUAGAAUGGUUCGUAA